AGCUGGCACACCAUGUAAACACAGGGUGGGGAGCGGGCUAACACAGUGACCCGGACCCUCUGCUGGUGACCACUACUCAGGUUAGCUCUGCGCCGGGACUCCACUAGCUCUCUACCUCUCUGUAGCCACUACUCCCCUCCACCCUACCCUCGCGCCCCCUACACACCUCUGUUGUGGGGUGUACCCAGUGUACCGUGUGUCAGGGAACUGUGGUGUGUGUACAAGUGUAAAGUGAGGCGAGGAGGAGGUUAUAUGAAGCGUGGAGGUCGUAUUAGGGCAAGUUAUCACAGGCUGAGGCAUUGAUCUGACUGGCCCAUUGCCUGUUGCUGGAGGUUAUCGGGGCCAGCCAACACGCUCACUGUUUCAACAAGUUGAUACCCCGUCUCCUGCCUCCAACAUCCUCCUCGACACAGAAAACUCGGGAAAUAAAGACAGACUAAAAAGUGAAGUGUUAUAACAGAUAGUAUCUCGCAUCAUGCUCUAGGAGUAAUAAUCAUACGCUCUAAUAACAUGUACAAUGAAGAACCAUCCUGAUAGCCUCUCUCAUUACUAAGACUCGUACGAUCUAACUUUUAACAAUAAGAAGAAGAGCAGCACCAUUCUCAACAACUUUUACCACUACCUGCAACAAGUCGGGAUAACGGAACAUUCAUCAGCGGUGACGAACCAGCCGCAACACACACACAGAUUGUUGCUUGCGAGAUUAAGGCCUCAUGCAGCUGUAGGGGAAGGAGAAGAAGAGGGAGAUGUGAGGAGGACGAGAGAGGAAAGAGAGGCAUGGGAGAGUUAUGGUGAGAGGUGAGUGUUGUGCAUGGUGGUGGUGGUGACCAAAGGAGCUGCAGAAGCCUACAGGGGAAGGCUAUCACGCUGCUGCUGUUGGGGGGGCGGCGGCAUGCACCUGCCACGCCGCCUCUGUAGCCUUCUGGGGGGCGUCUUUGUGCUCUUCUUCUGCUUCUUCUGCGUGGCCGACUACUACGGCUACCACUACUACCCCCGCACUGCCAUCAUCAGCCAGGAGUACCAGACACCGCAUUUGCUGGAUGAUACCUCACGCCGGGUUCCCUCCCUCACAAACGUCCUGCUCAAUGACACCGCCAACUCUCCUAACUGGGGCGCCGCCGUCCAUGGGGAAAACGAGAGAAGAUUCCCCAAAGAGAAGAAGAGAAGACAGUGCAAAAAGAAAUACUGGAAGUGCAACAAGCUGCCCACGGAUCCGGAGCCGCCACUUGAGAUGUUCGAGGAGCUGGGAGAAGCAGGAUAUAACUUGACCCUGGAGAGUGAGUCGAUGGAGGCGCCACUGUGGAGUCAGUUUACCGACCGUGGUUAUACCUUCGUGGGUACAAACGGGUCAGCUAUGCGUCGACUGCCACACGUGCUGAUCAUCGGGGCCAAGAAGUCAGGGACUAGGGCGCUGCUGGCCUUCCUCAGGGUACACCCCUCCAUCAAGGCUUCAGGGCCAGAGAUACAUUACUUCGACAGGUUCUACACUCGGGGCCUCUCGUGGUACAGGAGCCAGCUGCCCUUGAGCCUGGAGGGACAGCUGACAGUGGAGAAGACGCCAGCCUACUUCACCACGCCCGGUGUCCCCGCGAGGGUGAGGGACGACUUGCCAGGCAUUAAGCUCCUGCUGGUGGUGAGAGACCCAGUCACCAGGGCGCUCUCCGACUACACCCAGGGACUAAGUAAACACAGGUCUCGUCGUGCCUUCGAGGAGCUGGCGUUCGUGAGGUCGUCGUCGGGGCUGGUCAACUCCGACUGGGGUCCCAUCAGCGGGGGACUCUACGCCAAGCACUUCUCCCGCUGGCUCGAUCACUUCCCUCGCUCCAGCAUACACGUCGUCAGCGGUGAGAACCUCAUCAGGGAUCCUGCGGCUGAGCUGUGUAGAGUACAGGAGUUCCUGGGGCUGAGGCGAGUCAUCACCGACAAACACUUCUUCUUCAACGCCACCAAAGGGUUCCCGUGCCUGGUGAAGCGCGAGAAGGCGGGUCGACCUCACUGCCUCGGCUCCUCCAAGGGCCGCUCCCAUCCACCCGUCUCCCAGGCCACCUACAACAUCCUCAGGGACUUCUACAGGCCCUUCAACUUUAAGUUCUACAAGAUGGUCGGCCAUAACUUCCACUGGUAGCUCAGGAAAUGGACCUGGGACUAAGAGUUGUUAAGGUAGCGGUGUCGUGGUGGCAUCCUCUUGUGCAUAGACAAACCAAAGAAAACUCCGUGUGCUUAAGUCACUGGUGGCAGACGCGUGAGGUGUGCGUUGAGCUUAUUGAAUAUUUUGGUUAUAAACCCUAAGAAAUCUCUUUUUUACAUAUAAUGACACAAACACCAGCAGUGAACUGUCCACUUAAACACUCGGGCUUGAAAACACUGACUAUGAACGGUGAGAAAAUAAAAUUCUUAUAAAAGAGAGAGAGAGAAUUUCGUGGUGUUAGUUACCAAGUUCUUUUUAUAUAAGUCAACAUAAAGGGUAGCUGGUAAACAUGUUGACGGGCCAGUACAAACA